UCGUGAGGGCGAGGAUCGGGGCGCGAGUCCCCAGCGGCGUGUUGUGGUAAACAUCACGGAUUGGUGGACUGGAAGCUUCGAGCGUUUUGCGGAUAUGGAUGAUAGUCAAGCCAUGGGGACGGACUCGGAGCCGGAGUCGGGAUCCGCGCCGGAGCCGGAGCCUCCCGCCGCCGGCUCCAGCGAGCAGGCGGCGACGGAGCGGGCGCCGAUGCUGGCGGCGGCGCUGAGCAGCAGCGCUGAUCAGGAACAGACGACGCUGGACGUGUCGGACGCCUCGGGGGGCUCGCCGCCGGGCGACGACGAGUUCGGCCUGGUGGAGACCGCGCUCAGCGCCCACCUGCGGCCCGUGAUGCGCCGCUGCGACGACGUGCUGUCGGCCGCUGACGCCGUCCAAGUGUCGUCCAUCACGUCUGAACAGCGCCGCGCGCUCGGCAGGCUGGACGGUGACGGCGACGUGACGCCGCGCGCCGAGAUCGUCACCGACUUCGUCAAGCUGGAGGUGGAGGAGCACGAGCUGGAGGACCCGGGCGACCGGGAUGACCUCGACUGGGAGGUGCCGACGGCCGCCGAGAACGACAGCAGCUACGGGCGGCCGUACCUCACCACGGCCAGCGACCGACGUUCGCGCGCCACCGGCGGACCCGGCCCGAGGGCCGGGGCUCUCCGGGCCGCGGCGGGCCGGUCGGCGGCGCGCCACAACGGCCCCAUCGAGGUGCUGGAGCUGCCCGACCGGCGCGUGCGGCUGGUGGUGGUGCGCGACAGACUGGUCAUACAGAACACCGACGAAUCGGAUUCGGAGCCUACCCCGUCCCACAAUGACCUGACAUUUAUGGAGCUUGUUAAGAUCAAGGAGGCUGUCACCAAGAAGGUGGAUGAGACCAGCGCCGGAGGUCCCGAAGAGCAUAUCCGGCGGCUGCGCAUGGCGCGGCGCCAGGCCAUCUCCUGGGUGGAGACCCGUCUUCGAUCCGAGGCGCAGGGAGACAUUACGCCCAGCUCGCACGGCAAGCAGGGCAAGUCCAAGUAUGACGCGCUGAUCACGGCCAGGCCGACGACGGCGGCGGCGGCGCUCACGCCGGCCCGGGCCGCCACCGUCAGCUCGUCACGUGGCAGGGGCCGCCCGCUGCUGCCCAAGCCACCGAUGGUGCGCCUUACCGGGGCGCGGCACGUCACCGUCGAGGGCCAGCCGCCGACCGCCGUCGACGCCGACGACCCCGACUACGACCCGACGGCUGGCGACGACUUCGACAACGAGCGCGCCCGCAAGCUGUCCGCCGCCACCCGGCCGACACAGUUUACCCAGGCUCGUGUGAACAUUCAGACGACCUUGAAAACGCAGAAAAUCAACCGCGACCUGGUGAUUCUACAGGCCAAACAGCGUGAUCUGCAGAACGUGGGGGCCGAGCUGCGGCGGGCGGUCGACUACUUCAGCGUGGAGGCUACAAAAGACCAGGCCAAGAUCGCGCGGCUGAAAAAUGAGAACUCCCUGCUGGAGAAGAAGCUGAAGGAUCUGGAAACCAGCAUCCUGGGCAACACGCCCAGCAUUCUGAUUGGGCUGCUGGACAAGGACAAGCGGAAGCAGCUGACGGCCCAAGACGAGGCGGUGCUGGAGUGCGGUGAGCUGUUAGCCGAGGUCGGCAAGGAGAACUACACCUUCCUCAUGGCCCAAGGUCUCCCACUGCUCUCCGCGAAGGAGCUGGAGGAAAAGACGCGCGGUGUCAACAUGGCCUGGCAGUUGGACCCGUCCGAGCUGCUGGCGGCCGCGGCGCCGCCGCCGGCCACAGGCCGGGGCCGCGGCAAGAAGCGCCGCCGCCCGGUGGACCCGGGCGCAGCCGUGGACGCGGCCGUGGAGGCGGUGGUGGCUGACACACUGUCGCCGCAGUCGGGCGCGGCGCGCGGCCAGGCGCUGGUCGGCACGGCCGACGGCACCGAGCACAUCAGCCUUCCGCAGGAGGUGCUCGAGCAGGUGAUGAACGGCAAGGGAUACCUGGUCGACGAGAACGGCGAGCGACUGGAGAUCCGCGUCGUCGGCGACGAGCCGAUGGCUGGCUGACCGUCGGCGGGGAGGCCAACGGGUGUGCCGGAUGGGUGAGGUGGUGUCCGAUAGAGAAGCCAUUGACGUCAGAUGACUGAGCGAGUGGCGAGUGGUGUUCGAGUUGCGAGAUGGCCAGCAGCGGCGCCCAAGGGUGAGCGGGUGAUGCCGGAGGGCCGAGCAAGCGAGCCUCGCCCGGGGAUGGCUCUAACGUGGCGUGUGGGGGCGCGGCUGGAGGGCAGCCUGAGCUCGCGCCGCUCGGUCCGCCACCGCCGCCACAGUCUCGUCUGACCACCGUCGGUGCACACGGCGUCACCCUGACCCAGAGCCUUUUCUGUUUCCAUGCGGGAUAUCGGUUGCUGUAAAAAUGCUGUGCUGGGCAGUGCCGGCGCAGAAUGAGUUGCUGCGCUGACCGGCGCCUGGCGCCUGGGCUCGAGCGCCAGCCACCAGUCAGCUGGUGCGGCGCCUCAGACCGCGGCCGAUGUCGUCCCUAGUGUGUUGGCCCCGACCUCUGGCCGCUCGUCCGGUGCGUCAACGGCGUCAGGACUGGCCGUUAUCACCCGGUACCGUUCUGCUUCAGCCACGUCAUCCACCAUCGCUGUGUAAAUACAGGGAAUUCAUCACUU